AUUAUUGUUCACUCUGAUUGGUCGAGGACCUACAAUACCGCCUCUGUCGUACCCUGAUUGGCUUGAUGAAUGCACAGGAAUGCUGCCAUUGGUCUCAACACCCCUACGGUUUUCCCACUGUUUUGUGGCAUUUGCUAAGGAGCUCCGUUGAACUAAAGAAGCUAACGUUAGCUAGAAAACAACACACUAGACUAGGAUAAAGACUUGGAGCCAAAAUGGCAUCAGACUCCCCGCGCAGACCAAGCCGCUGUGCUGGAGGGGUUGUGGUACGAGCACAAGCUGCCACUGAGCAGUCGUAUAUGGAGAGUGUUGUGACCUUCCUCCAAGAUGUGGUCCCUCAGGCAUACACAGGUGCACCCCCAACUGAUGAAAAAGAGAAAAUAGUUUGGGUCAGAUUUGAGAAAGCUGACCUCAAUGAUACGUCCCGCUCCCCAGAGUUCCUGGAGAUGCACAGUGGCAGCAGUGACCCUCCUCUCUGCCUCAUGAUUGGUUACGCCGACGGGAUGCAAAUCUGGAGCAUAUCCCUGGGUGGGGAGGCCCAGGAGCUUUUCUCUGUGCGCCACGGACCUGUGAGAGCUGCCCACAUCCUCCCGGCGCCCCAUAUCAGUCCGCUGAUGAUUGAUGGUUUUGCGGACAAGAGGCCUCUCCUGGGGGUGUGCAAGAGCACUGGGUCCUUGGGGACGAGCCCUCCAUACUGCUGUGUGGACCUGUACUCACUGAGGACAGGGGAGAUGGUCAAGUCCAUCCAGUUCAAGACGCCCAUCUAUGACCUGCACUGCAACAAGGAGAUUCUAGUUGUCGCCCUGCAGGAGAAGAUUGCUGCAUUCGACAGCUGUACCUUCACCAAAAAGUUCUUUGUUACAAGCUGCUUUCCCUGUCCGGGCCCCAACCUAAACCCCAUAGCACUGGGAGGACGCUGGCUAGCCUACGCUGAGAACAAGUUGAUCCGGUGUCACCAGUCUCGAGGCGGUGCCUGCGGGGACAAUGCCCAGUCUUACACAGCUACAGUCAUCAGCGCUGCUAAAACCCUAAAGACUGGUCUCACCAUGGUGGGGAAGGUGGUGACCCAGCUAGCUGGUACUCUACCCACUGGUGCCCUCGACGAGGAGGGUGCUCCCCCCAGCACCACCCGCCGAAGCCCCCAUGCCCCCGGAGUAAUCACCGUCAUUGACACGCACAACGUCGGAGAGGGACAGGUCCUGGUGAGUGAGGACUCAGAUGGAGAGGGAGUGGUGGCCCACUUCCCAGCCCAUGACAAACCCAUAUCCUGCAUGGCAUUCAACCCCAGCGGUAUGCUGCUGGUGACUGCAGACACCCUGGGCCAUGACUUCCAUGUGUUCCAUGUCCUCACACACCCCUGGGCCUCCAAUCAGUCUGCUGUCCACCACCUCUACACACUGCACCGCGGAGAGACUGAGGCCAAGGUCCAGGACAUCUGUUUCAGCCAGGACAGUCGCUGGGUGGUGAUCAGCACACUGCGUGGCACCUCCCACGUCUUUCCCAUCAACCCCUAUGGUGGCGCGCCCUGCGCCCGCACACACAUCCCCCGCGUGGUCAACCGCAUGUCUCGCUUCCAGAAGAGUGCAGGGCUUGAGGAGAUAGAGAAUGAACUGAACAGCAAGCAGGCUGGAGGAGGGAGAUGCAGCCCCAUCCCCGGGCUCUCCAGCAGCCCCUCGGGGUCCCCACUACACGCUAAACUCACCAGCCAGGAGUCGUACAACAACUUCACCAGCAACAACAUGGGUAACCCUCGUCUGUCCCCUCUGCCCAGCCUCACCAUAGUGCUGCCCCUGGCACAGAUCAAACAGCCCAUGACCCUGGGCACCAUGACCAAGCGCUCCGGACCUUACCUCUUUGGGGCAGGAUGUUUUGCCAUUAAAACUCCAUGCAAAGCCAAGCCUCCCCCCCAGAUCUCCCCCAGUAAGUCCAGUGGAGGAGAGUUCUGUGUGGCUGCUGUCUUUGCUGCCUCACGCUCCUGGUACAUGACCAACCCCAACAUGAAGAGAGAGAAAGACCAGUCCAGCCGGUCAGUGGUGGAGUCCCUCUACAUCCUCAGUUGCUAUGGCACCCUAGUGGAGCAUGUCCUGGAGCCUCGGCCAAUCAGCACAGCCCAGAAGAUCAGCGAUGACACACCCCUGGAGCUCAACACAUGUCCACGGGCCUGCUGGAGCCUGGCCAGGACUCCACUGUGGAAUGAGCUGCAGCCUCCCUUUCUCUCCAACCACCCUCUGGUGCUGGCCUCUGACCUGGUGCAAUAUUACCAAUACCUCCUGGCUGGAUCACCGCUCUGGGCCCGCUCUGCUCUGCCACAGCCUGGUAAACAGCAACUCCACUACACUGCUGGGGAUGAUAAGAGACGGAGAGAGAGAGUGGUGCCCCCUGGAAGCCCGGGUCCUGUCACGCGCCACGAGUCUUACGACAGCCUGACGUCAGACCACAGCGGACAGGAGGACGAGGAGUGGCUCUCACAGGUGGAGAUAGUCACCCACACAGGGCCUCACCGUCGGCUGUGGAUGGGUCCUCAGUUCCAGUUUAAGACCAUCCACCCAUCUGGUCAGACUACGGUCAUCUCCUCCUCCUCCUCCGUGCUGCAGUCCCAGGGCCCCAGCGACAUUCAACAGCCUCUGUUGGACUUUCACACUGAUGACCUGGACCUACACAGUCUCAGGAUCCAGCCGGUGCGUUCUGAGCCGGUCAGCAUGCCUGGUUCCUCUCGGCUGGUGGCUGAACGGAGGGGACAGGGGACGGUCAUUGAUACAGGAUCAGGGACGUUUGACCGCAGUGUGACCCUGCUGGAGGUGUGUGGCAGCUGGCCAGAGAGCUUUGGCCUGCGUCACAUGAGCUCUGUGGAGUCCACCGAGGAGGGGCUGAGAGAGAGGCUGGCAGACGCCAUGUCAGAGUCACCAUCCAGAGACAUAGUGGGCUCGGCUACCGAGCUCCAGAGGGAGGGCAGCAUUGAGACUCUCAGCAACAGCUCUGGUUCCACCAGCGGCUCCAUCCCCCGUAACUUUGAGGGCUACCGCUCUCCACUGCCCACCAACGAAAGCCAGCCCCUCAGCCUCUUCCCCUCCGGAUUCCCCUAGAGGAGACCAGGAAACAGCCUGCCUACCACCCUACAAGACCUGGGGUCAAAUACUAUUUUAAGUCUUUCAAAUGCUUUGAGUGUUUGCUUUAGUCUGCCUGGGGUGCCUGAUGGGAGGGGACUACAUUUUACUAUUCUAUUGGUUCUAGACAAGCUCAAUAAAGCCCAGAUAAAGUAUUUGAACCCAGGUCUGCUACCUACCAUCCAUCCUACCGCUUCACACAGCACAGCCAGACAGUCCUGAUGUCUUCCGGUCUCUCGCCAUGUUGUUGUUCAUUAGGAUGUUAUUGUGAGCAGUGGUUCCCUUUUCAUGUUCCCUGCUCUCUCUUUCCAAAUCCAGGAACUGUCCAGUGUUACUCUCACCUACCGAUGUGUGUGUGUCUGUCUGUCUGUCUGUCGAUGUGUCACAUGGCGUGUGUUUCAUUUUGGGUGUGUGAAAUAGCUGAAGUUUGUUAUUUAGCUAGACAUGUUUUUAUGGAGUUGAUUAACUACGUGUCACUUUGACUUUUUCACAAGCUUGUAAAUGGUGAUGGACCUAUAAUGUAGCUGUAGUUGUUUUACUUCUGAAGAUAACGACCUAGCUCAGCAUGCGCACUGUAAUGUAUAUUAGCUUUGCUUAUUAAGACCAAAUCACUUCCAUGUAAGCUUUUCUCUUCAUUUGGUAACAUUGAUGGUUUUGGUGGGUAUCUUUUUAGUUUGUUGAGUCGAGUGUCUUCUGAUGAUUUCAUCUUGCUUUGAUUAUGAUUUUCUUUUUCUUUUUUUGCAACAAAAAACAGGUUUGUGCUUUAACAAAAGAAAAGGCUUAUUCCUUACUUGCGUACACACACACCUCAAACACACCCCAAACACAAACACACGCUUGUAUGCUGAAUAACUACUUUGCCAGCUUGCUUUUCUUAGUGAAUGGGUCAUUGCUAGACUUGACCAGACCACAUAGGACUUGAAAUGAAGUGUGAUCUGAUGCACGAGUGAGAACAGAAAGAUAGACUCACCUUUGAGACUUAAAACAAGUUCUAAAUAUUUGGUCACUGAUUUUGUAUUUAGUGUUUGUCAACAUUUAAAUUUUAUAACACAAUACAAUCCUAGUCCUUUGUCUGGGGAAUGGAUGUCUGGUUGACUACACGGGUCUGAUCAGAAAAAUGCUACGUUACAGGACUUUCAGGUAGAAAUACAUUUUAUAGAACAUGUGACUCCUCUGUCCUGUAGGAAAAGGAGUCAUUACAGAUCUAUAUAUUACAUAUUUAUCUGCAAUGUUCGGGACUGUUUCACCCUACUGAACACAGCCAUAUUCCCGUAAUUCUGCAUGUUGAAUGAGUCGAUGGCUACUGCUGCUUGGUCACUGGACAAUGUCACAUAAAAGAGGCAUGAUGAAUUUAUUCAUUUUAAUACAGAACACAUGUUUAUUAAUACAUUUUUACUAAUAUUGGUUUUGUAAAAUACCAAAUCGUUAUUUGCUAUACAUUCAUGUUAAUGAAAUGUAUUGAUGUGUUAUUAUUACCCCUGGAUACUCAAUGAUUUCAUAUAUGCUCAAUAAAUAUUACACCUGCAGAGUCAUUGUUUCAAUCACGUGAACAAAAGUUAUCAGCAAGUGCUUUUGUAAAUGCAAAGUGACUUCUCGUUUAAUUUAAUGAAAAUAAAUAAACCACACCAAAGCCA